CUCCCGAAUCAAUUGUGGGCUGGACGCUUUCCUCGCUCUUCAAUGAAGGACAACAUGCUGGAGGAAGACGUGACUGUUUUUUGUUUAGCUUUAAAUUCAAGAAACAGAAUCAUAGACGAUGGCAACAACUCCAGCUCUUUCAAACGCUGAUGAAGAAGAAGAUGCGCAAGCUUCCAAGAUGCUGGAGAUUAUUAAUGGGAGAACUGUUGACGCCUCAAAAGUGACACAAGAGUCUGAGGACAGAGAAGUUUGGUCAAUGGAGAUGGGAGAUGACUCGGUUUUCUACAGCGACGAGGAGCACGCUGAGUUGGACAAGGAAUCUACCAACUUACCUGGCUUCAGUGGCAAAAGGUGCAAAAAUCUUGUUAACAGUGUGGCGGAUGGUGAAGGCAACCAACAGAUGGAGACUAAUCCAGGAGAGAAAGGAAACUUGGAGAUGAAGAAGGAAUUGAACCAGUGCAUCAUCUGGACUGAAGAGGAAAAGCAGAAGCUUGAGACAUUUACUACUAAAAGAAUGCAUGUUUCAGACCCUGGGGAAUCAUCUGCAGAGUCUUAUGUCACUCCUGGAAAGUUUGGGAAAACUUCUGGAGAGUUUGUGCAGCAAAAUAAAGCAGCAUCAAAUGCGGACCAAGUUAAUAAAGAGGAAGUGAUGACAGAAGCUGACACCUCAAAUCGACACCUGUUUGACUUACUCAACAAUGACGGUUAUAUAAAGCUGAAUGGGGAUGCAGAAUUUCCUCCAAGACUGUCUGGUGCUGACACCCAGAAAUCAAGUGACAUGCAGCCUGAGGGAGAUGUGGAAGCAGGGUUCCUGCAAUACCCCAGCCAAGGUCAGUUGAACCUGCCUGGGCCAACGCAGUCUGACUGCAGCGCCUUCAACCACUUCUCCUCCUCCAAAUACAGCACCGUGUCCUACCGCAGGAUCCGCAGAGGCAACACGCGACAGAGGAUAGAGGAGUUUGAGUUCCUGCUGACGAGUAAAAAAUAACCUGCUUUUCAAAUCUAUUAAUAAAAAAAAUGAAGGGCCAAACACAUGACUACAAGCUUACAAAAUGUUCCAGCUCUGAAAUGUGAAAUGUAUGUCAGUAGUUUCAGAAACCAAAGAUGAUAUUCGCAAUAUACUGACAUCUGUGACGCUCCUAAAUCUAUUUCAAUGCUGUUAUGUUUGAGAAAUGCCUAACAUUGCUGUUAACUCUACAGGUAUUUAUUGUGGAUAUGUGUGUUACACUAAUUUGGGGAUCCGAAUGGUUUAUUUGAACCAAAGAGAAGAUCAUACAACAACAAACUGCAAUGAUAAAAAAAGAUUUAAAAAAAAGUACUAGGCACACGUUUGAAUUUACCGAGGAUUUUCUGGGUCAAAUUUAUAAGCAGAUGCUCAAAUUCGCACAUGCACGGCACACACGUUUCAUAAAAGUUCACAUGCUACAUCCUUUUUGUGGCCAUUCUUUAGCUUCCGGCGUCAGUGUGGCAUUUUGGCAGACAUGGUUAGCCUCUUUUAACCAGUUCAGAUGCGGUUAGGAUUGUCGUUCCGCUGGGACAUUUAAGUCGCAUUCGAGUUUCAAAUGUAUGUUGAUUUGAUCAAGAAUUAAGGAUAUUGGAGCUACACUUCAUUACCCAUCAACUUUGUGCACAAACGAGCUUAUGGUAUGAUACUGCCAACAUCAUGCUAUAGCCAGUGAAUGGAUUAGUAUCAGGUGAAAGCCUCACCUCAACUCCUCCAAACACACUUUUGUGGAAAGAAAUUACUUGGAAAGAAUUUUCUUUGAUCAGAAAACUUUUCUCCAGAAGAUGUUUGGUGCUGAUUUUGGAGCAGACGGUUCCCUCUCGGUCGACACCGCCUCAGAUCAUUCUGUUGUUAAACUGGCUUUACUCUGGACAAUUACUGUUACGUUUGAGCCUUGGUGGCUCGUGAAUGUCCAAGCCAACUUGGGACAUUCAGGUCAGACAGUGAAAAUGUGGAUGUAGAUGUGUAUCCCACAAAAACAAAAAUCUUAAGCAGAUUUAGCUAAUGCAAUGGCCUUGUAGACAAGGUAUGAGCUCUGCUUAAAAGCCACAGUUGAGGCAGGCAAACAACCAA